AUGGAGACUGUCAAGGAGUAUUUUCUGGUAAAAUACUUUAGCCUCGUCGGUUACAUUGGUGCAGUUUUUCACCUUCCAGCUUUGCUCUCACUCUUUCCAGUCACUGUAGUCUUAAGAAGCAACGAACGACUUAGAUUUAGCUGCCAGUCUGCUACCCACCUUCGUGAACAUUGUUUGGCGAGAUAUGACGAACAUUACACUCCUCUUCCACUCUAUGGAUUUGUCUUACUUUGCUUCGUUCCCUUGGUGCUAAUGUGUAUCACUUACUCCUGGUGCUUUGUGAAAUCCCGUGUCGAUGAGCUUAAAACCGCCUUGAAAGCAGAUCCGGAAAACCCUCGCCGCCGGCCAAGGGUGGCAUCUCACCGAGUCUUUCGUUGUUACUUCAUACAUCUCCUUUUACGAUGUUUAUGGGGAAUUUUGUGUGCUGCUAUACAAAAGUCUCUGCUUUAUCCCGCUGGAUUUCCAGCAGAAUUCGCUUGUGUUACCCCGACCGUAACGCCAACUGUAAAUUCGACAAAUUCAAACGCAACCAAAGAUUAUUCCUCGGUCAUGAUCGUCAACUGUAACAAUUCCGUCGCAUCAGACAAGAACUUGAAUGCCACAUUAAUUUUAGUGGUAAAUGUUGUGCUGACGCUGCUGGCUUUUGGAGAGAUGUUGUAUCUUUUGGUACAAAAGUCACGCAGUAAAAAGUUCACCUUGGACUCUGAAUUCUGUCAAAAACACUUUUGGAACAAGAAAACCCUUUCAGUCACUCUGCGUCACGCGAUUGCCCACAUGAGGGAGAAAAUUCUGAGGGAAACGGAAAUCAUAGAACCUUUGAUUGUUGAAACCGAUGGUAAACUUAAGAUGGACGAUAAUUUUGUCGACUUUGUUAUUUACACCGGAAGGGCAGAACACAAAUUUACUACCUUGACUGUCAGACAAGAAAUAUUCGAAGUCUAUUUGGAGCCAAAACAUGAAUCAGUGGCUAUCAACUCAGUUAAAAAGUUAUUUCUCCCAAACGAAGAUACUCAAAAUCCAUAUAAAAUUCUUGUGAUUGGUCGCCCAGGGAUUGGAAAGUCCCUGCUGUGUACGAAAAUAUCGCGUGACUGGGGCAAGGGUGAUUUGUUGCGUGACUUUCACCUAUUUUAUUUGAUUCAAUUUAGAUGGUUCAACGAUGAGACAUUGCAGAAGAUAACUCUCAAAGAAUUGUUGUGUCAUGUACACUCAGAAGGUAACAAUGAUGAUGAGCUAUUCCAGUAUGUUUUAGACAACCCUGAAAAAGCAAUCAUUGUGUUUGAUGGCCUAGAUGAAUUCAAUUACAAUUUCCACUGUCUGGAAGAUGAUGAAGCAUAUGGAAAUAAUUCAAAGGAAAAAAUGCCUCUGUCUGCUCUUUAUGUUAAGCUAGUGAAAGGAAGGCUGCUUCCAGGAGCCACAGUUUUAACAACCAGUAGACCCGAUGCAGUGCAGAACAUUGCACACCUCGCUGCAAAGCACUUUGACAGGAAGGUGGAGAUAAUGGGUUUUACACCCGAGAAGGUCGAGAAGUAUGUGCAGCAACGUUUUGAAAAUGAUAAAGAGAGACGAGAUAAAAUAUGGAGUCAUAUCAGCACCAAUUUAGAGUUGCAGUCACUAUGCUACAUCCCAGUAAACACACACAUUAUUUGCUCUCUGUUGGAGGAAUGCCUCAAACUCCAAGAACAGAAUUCAACUGACAUGGCUUUGCCAUCAACUUCAACACAAGUUUACAAAGAGGCUUUGAAAUUGUUUAUCUUCAAACAUCAUUCAGAAUUUAAAGGAAAACCAUUAACAGAGGACUUUCUUAUGGGAAAUGUUGACUUCCCAGAUCCUGUAGAGAAAACUUUGAUUAAGGCAGGAGCAUUGGCAAAAGAAGGCAUAGAACAACAACAAUUGGUGUUUGAUUCACACGAAGUGCAGGGAAUAGAGAAAUGUGGUUUGUUUAACCGCAUGCCAAACAGAAAAGUUUCAAGCUCCAAAUUUAAGUCACAAUACUGCUUUCUUCACUUGACAUUUCAAGAAUUUCUUGCUGCAAGGGAAAUUGCUAAAAUGGACCCUGGUAAGCUCAAGAGUUUUGUCAGAAGUAAUGCUUCAGACUCAAAAUGGCAUCUGGUGCUUCAGUUUGUAGCAGGUCUACUUGGUGAUAAGAGAAAUACAGCAGUUAUUGUUUUUGUAAACAUGCUUUGUGAAUCCAUGAAAAAAUCUGAACGAGAAUGGAAAUUAGAUCGGAUGGCUCUCCUCAUGAUGAAAUGCUUGCAUGAGUACAAUGAUGAAGCCAAGGUAAAGGAGGCUGCUUCUGUAAUGUCGAGUAGUAUCACAUCUGACAUCGAAAUUGAUGCGAUUUCUAGUAAUGUCACAGCUCUUGACUGUGCAGCAAUUGUUUACUUCAUAAAGCAUCUCCAGGGAAACAUUGUGUUGCGGCUUAGUUUAAAUCUUAUAAAAGACGAAGGUAUACCAUACUUGUGUGCUGCACUAAAACAUGAACAUUGUAAACUCACAUUAUUGAACCUUGAACACAACGAAAUAUCAGACCAAGGUGUAUCACACCUGUGUGCUGCACUCAAAGAUGAACAUUGUAAACUCACAAAGUUGGCCCUUUCAUGGAACUAUAUAUCAGAGCAAGGUGUAUCACACCUGUGUGCUGCACUCAAAGAUGAACAUUGUAAACUCACAAAGUUGGACCUUUCAUGGAACUAUGAUAUAUCAGACCAAGGUGUAUCACACCUGUGUGUUGCACUAAAAGAUGAACAUUGUAAACUCUCAACGUUGGUCCUUAAAGGCAACAAUAUAUCAGACCAAGGUGUAUCACACCUGUGUGCUGCACUAAAAGAUGAAAAUUGUAAACUCAUAGAGUUACACCUUUCAAAUAACAAAAUAUCAAAGGAAGGUGUAUCAUGCCUGUGUGCUGCACUAAAAGAUGAACAUUGUAAACUCACAGAGUUGAACCUUAGAGAAAGCAAUAUAUCAGACGAAGGUGUAUCACACCUGUGUGCUGCACUUAAACAUGAACAUUGUAAACUCACAAAGUUGGACCUUAGAAUCAACAAUAUAUCAGACCAAGGUUUAUCACAGCUGCUUGCUACGCUAAAAGAUGAACGUUGUAAACUCACAAAUUUGAAGUAUUUAGGGGGAGAUGCAUUUGAUCAGUUGUUUUCAAAUCUGUAG